AUGAACAUUCCUCGUUUGACCUUUAACCCGCCUUCGGGCGACGCCAUCACGCCCCCGUCCUUGCGCACAGUCGACCGCGCCAGCCCUAAGGUGGCCUUGGCCGCCUUCUCCGCGCUCGAGCUUGCGCCUCAGCCCAACGGCAGCAUGGCCUCCGGCCUGUCAUCCCUCUCCAUCGAUUUCACCACGCCAACCAAGACUGCUGCCUCGCCCCAGUCCAAGUCCACCACCAAGAAGCAGCAGGCUCCCAAGUUCGCCUCGCUGUCUCUCGCCUCGCCUUUCAACAAGUUCAGCACGGCAGAGACGCCCAGACCGAACAAGAGCAGUUUCUCCACGCACUGGAACGUCACAUCCUGGGGCUCGUCGAGCACCAGAACGCCCUCGCCCAAGAAGGUCUCCUUCGCCGACGAAAGUUUCACCCCUUUGAGCGCCUCCACCCCGAAGCAGCACUUGAGUGCCUCGACGCCAAAGCUUGCGCGCGCGCUCUCACCAAAGUCCAGCCCUUCAAAGCCGGCACUUUCCGACUUCUCGGUCAUGUCAAUUGUCUCACCCGCGACACCCCAGAUUUCUGACCAUCACUCCCAUUCGAACCAGGGGCAGCUCGAGACUCCCACCGCCCUCCAGUCGCUCUCCGAUUCCACUUACGACGAAGAGUCCUCAAACCUGAGCAACCUGUUUGGCCCGUCUCCCUCGAGAUUUGCUGAACAGGGGCGCGAUACUGAUUUUGCGUCCGGAUCCCCUUUGAAGGCCGACACUACCAUGCAUGACAUUACCAUGAUGUCUGACUUUACCGUCGCUUCGCCCAGAAAGAUUCGGGGCAAUGACUUUGCCUCUAUUGAGCUUUCAGAAACGGCGAAGAACCUCUGUGGCCCUUUCGAUUCCGAAUCGUUCGAGGGCAUCGACUUCACCUCCACAUUUUCCCCUGUUCCUGACUUCCCCCGCCGAGCAGCACGCAUUCCGCGUACAAAACAGAACAAGCAACGACGGAAGACAAGAGGUUUGAUCUUCGAAAAGGUCAUUGUCAGGCGGGUCGCCGAGUCGCUCGCCGUCCAGGAGCUGGACGCUGCCGUUCAGUUCCGGCAUAUCGCCGUCAAGGGUGAACUGGCGUAUGCCCUAUGCCCUCGCAAGCGGCAAAGGGUGGCAGAGGCGUGCGACGAAGACUACUCGGAACCGUACUGGCUUGAUGAGGAAGUGGAGGAGAGACCCGUGAUUAACAUGAUCGAGGCUCGCCGCGUCCUCCGCAACGACCUCUUCGCCCUACCAGCCGGCCCAAGUGUCCGAGAGCAGCGUCGGCAGUACAAGGCGGACAUGGAGAAGUACGGUGAGGUCAUGACCUCAACAAGAGGCAAGAGGAAUUAUGACGGCGAGCCCAAACGGGCUUAUAACAACGGCCUGUUGACGCACGCCAUCAUGAAGCCUCUGCUUGCUUUCCCCAUGCCCGACCUGAGUUUCGAAUGGGUCCUCGAGACGGCGAUCCGCGAUUCGAACAAGGCCCACGGGCGCGAGCAACCCAAGCACCGCAACGUCCGCCAGCCCAUCGCCGUCUUUGGAGAGUCAGACUUUUCUGUCAUCGAGGAGGAGGACGAGCCACAAAGCCCGACGGCCAAGCUCCCCCACUUCCCCUCGAGCGCCACCUAUCAUUCUCGCGCCAGCAGGAAGAGCCGUUUGGAGCACGGUCUCGAUUCGUUGCGGUCCAAACUUGCUGCCUUUGCCACUCAAGAACCCGAGGCCGCGCCAUCGUCGCCUCUGUCUUCUCCCAUCGGACCCGGUUUCACAUUUGAGGUGCCUUCCUUCAUCUCCUCGCCCAGCAUCAUUCACAACAAUGUCGACGAAGCCGAAGAGGCGCUUGACGAGAAUUUUGAGGCCGCCGCGAGUCCCAUCGUUUACUUCAAGGACCGCAGCCAGACGUCACCGUUCAAGAAGCGAAAGUCACUCCCUGCGACGCGCCGGCCCUCUCUCACAUCCCUUCUUCGCAGGGCGUCUCUCCCCAUCGCCCUCCCCACUGCCGACUCCGACCAGGCUCCCGCGGUGCAGGAUCUUCAAGAUCCAGCAUCCGGUUCGCUGGUGGGUGCUCCCGAUUCGUCGGUCGAGCUCCUCGCGGUGCAGAAUCCCUUCGUGGUCGAUUCAGCAUCAGCGGUGGCUGUCGGGGCAUCGCCGGCCUCCGCCAGCGGGGCGUCACCAUCAUCGGCUUUGGCGUUGGCCUCUCCUACGGGGUCGGCGUCUCCUUCGCCCGUUGUCGUCGACGUUAGGGAGAACCCCGACAUCUUUGGCUCGUUCCAAGAUCGCCCCGGCUCUCCUGUUCAGACCCUCGCCUCCCUGGCCCGUGUACUCGAAGAGGCCAAGGAGACGAUGGACGCUAAGGUUCUUGUAAGUAGGGAAGGUGGCCGCCUGAUCGUGCGCUUUAAGGUUUCGGACGAGCAUUUGGCCCUCUUUGCCGCCGCGGAGGCUUCUGAGAAAGCAUCGGAGGAGGCACCUACGGAGGAUGACAUCGUUGACACCAUCACUCCUGCCGAGACCGCUGCCCCUAUGUCACCUUUCGCCCAGGCCACCCAGAAGGAGGAGCAGAAGGAGCAGCAGGAGAAGGAAUCGAAGAAUAUGGAGGAGGAAGUGCUGCAGAUGCUUGACCAGGCGCCUGCCACGACCUUUGACGACGAAGACUCGGAUCUCAUCAUGCUUAGAGAGUUCAUGAGCCGUCACGCCGCCCGCAAGGCCGCCAAGGCUACCGAGCCAACCGAGCCCUUCAAAUCCGCCAACCGAGCCCUUUCUCCCGUUUCCGUUCCGGCCCAUGCCCUCUCGCCAACAGCCUUUCCUUCGGCCCCGAUCAUGGCUACCUUUGCGCCCACGCCAGAGCGCGCCCAGAGUAUCUGGGCUGAUACGCCCGCGUUCUCGGUAAACUCACCGGCGGAGCGUCCUCUCUCUGCCCGACGGGAGUCUUCUCGCCGACCUCUCGGAGCGUUGGAUGUCAACAGCCCGAGUCCUAGAAAGGCCAAAAGGAAGGGCGAAGAGCUCCAGGAGCGGGAUACAUCACCGGAGAAGAACGCUCAUCCACCGAAGCGCCAACGUAGAGACAAGACGGGCAAGUCAGGCAACGACGAGAACGAGAAGCCGGAGGACGAGGAGAAGGCGAAACCCAUGGAAGACGCGAAGCCCAAAGAGGACGAUGGCCCCGUUGCCGGCGUCAGGACGCGGGCCCAGCGCGCCGCCGAGCGCGGAGAGGCGCCUCCCGUGACUAAGAUUCCGGUUAGGCACCAGAGAUACGCCAAAGUUAGGGGUGGAGACGGAGAAAAGGACCUGGCCGUCGUGACCCGCCAGAACACUCGCGCCAAUAAGGGAAGUGCAAUGUCGGCGGAUGAGAUGCUGGAGUACUUGAAGACGGCGCCCGCCGCAGAGGAGACUGGAGGCGCUGUUGUGACAGCCCGCAAGGACGGUAAGAGCGUCCAGUGGGCCGAGCAGCUGGCCACGAGCCAGGCCGAGGAACAGCUGCUUGCGCCUCUGAGUCCCGUCGAGGAGAAGCAGGUGGGUAAGGCGAGGGGCAGACCCAAGGGUUCUUCGAGCAAGACGGCGGGCUCGACCAAGGCGUCGACCAAGACUACGACCAAGACUACGACCAAGACUUCGAACGGCACCCCGAGCUCGACCGCCACGGCGACCAAGUCAACGAAGUCGCGCCAGGCUGGGAUUCCCGGACCGAAGACGGAUGGGGCCAAGGUCAGCAAGCCGAAGAAGGUGACUGCGGCGGCGAAGAAGGAACUGGGCCUGAGCGCCAACGGCACGCCUGCCAAGCGCAGUGCCCGGAUUGCUCAGAAAUGA